AUCGGACUAACCACCGCACGAUUGUCGUUACCCUUACUGUCGACACAAUUUUUUUUUUUAGUUUCUCCUCAUGGAUCUUUGCGGUGUGACAAUGAUCUUUGCGGUAAAACGCGGUUUAGGUAGUGCGGCGACCGACGCGCGUGCCAGUGCAACGGGACCGCUCCACCGCCAAGCUAGGAUCGACUCGGUGGCCACCGAUUCGAACCGUCCAAUCGUUUAAGACAGGAUCGUAUGGUAUUUGGCUGCAGGGCUGGCUUCGAUCAUGUGGCACUCGGGCGGAAUGGGCAGCCACGGCGGUGGCUGGAUGAAGCUGAUGGGCAUGGUGCACAGGGACCGGAGGUCGGCGCAGCGGCAUGUGCAAGACGCUGCCACCGCUUUACUGGCUCCAAUCGACAGGUCGCUGCCAAAACUCAGUACCCAAGACGAAGACGGCUGUGGUCCAGGGGCAAGUGCUGGCACAGGCCUCACACACGGUCACCCUCAACAUUGCUCAGGAAGUGCAACAUUCGAACCGAUACCGCACGACCACGACUUUUGCGAAAGAGUCACAAUCAACGUAAGUGGACUGAGGUUCGAAACGCAGCUGCGCACGUUAAACCAGUUCCCGGACACGCUGCUGGGAGACCCGUGCAGGCGGAUGCGCUAUUUUGACCCUCUGCGAAACGAGUACUUCUUCGACCGGAAUCGACCCACGUUCGACGCCAUACUGUACUACUACCAGAGCGGCGGCCGGCUAAGGAGGCCGGGCACCGUUCCCCUGGAUGUGUUCUCCGAGGAGAUCAAGUUCUACGAACUCGGCGAGCUGGCCACCAACAAAUUCAGGGAAGAAGAGGGUUUUAUCAAAGAAGAAGAGAAACCACUGCCAAAGCCGGAGUUCCAGCGAAAAGUGUGGCUGCUGUUCGAGUACCCGGAGAGCUCGCAAGCGGCCAGGGUGGUGGCCAUCAUAUCGGUGUUCGUCAUACUGCUGUCGAUUGUGAUAUUCUGCUUGGAGACGUUGCCCGAGUUCAAGCACUACAAGGUGUUCAACACGACCACCAACCGGACCAAGAUCGAGGAGGACGAGGUGCCGGACAUCACGGACCCGUUCUUCCUGAUCGAGACCAUAUGCAUCGUGUGGUUCACGUUCGAGCUGUCCGUGCGGUUCCUGGCGUGCCCCAACAAGCUGCACUUCUUCAAGGACGUGAUGAACACGAUCGACAUAAUUGCCAUCAUACCGUACUUCAUCACGCUGGCCACGGUGAUCGCCGAGGAGGAGGACCCGCUGAUGAACGUGCCCAAGGCGCCGCAGAACCCGCAGGACAAGAGCACCAACCAGGCCAUGUCGCUGGCCAUACUCCGGGUCAUCCGGCUCGUCAGGGUUUUCAGGAUAUUCAAACUGUCCCGACAUUCCAAGGGGUUGCAGAUCCUCGGACGCACCCUGAAAGCCUCCAUGAGGGAACUGGGAUUGCUCAUUUUUUUCUUAUUUAUCGGAGUGGUGCUGUUCUCGAGCACUGUGUACUUCGCCGAGGCGGGUUCCGAUCAGUCGUUUUUCAAGUCCAUCCCGGACGCGUUCUGGUGGGCUGUGGUCACCAUGACGACAGUCGGAUACGGUGACAUGAGAUGGCCGUUUCUGAAGCGCACAAGACCUAAUGAAAAUCCCUCGGCCAUAAAUAUCCCAAACGAACAGUGUUGUCACGCAGUUUAUCCAGUCGCUAAUAAUCAAUACAUCAGUGUGGUGCUAUUCUCGAGCGCGGUGUACUUCGCCGAAGCCGGCUCGGAGAGUUCCUUCUUCAAGUCCAUCCCGGACGCAUUCUGGUGGGCUGUUGUUACCAUGACGACUGUGGGCUAUGGUGACAUGACACCGGUGGGAGUGUGGGGAAAAAUUGUCGGUUCGCUUUGUGCGAUUGCCGGUGUGCUCACAAUCGCACUGCCCGUGCCCGUCAUCGUGUCCAACUUCAACUAUUUCUAUCACAGAGAGACUGACCAAGAAGACAUGCAAUCGCAAAAUUUCAAUCAUGUCACCAGCUGCCCUUAUCUUCCCGGUACUUUAGGUCAACACAUGAUCAAAUAUCCUCGGGGCGACUCGACGUCGGACCUAAUGGACUUAGAGUCGGCCGACAAUUGUUUGCUGGACGCAGAAAUGGACGAACAACCUCCGCCUUCGUUGCCGCCGCCGCAGCAGCCUAAGAGGUUCAACAGCUGCGCCACUGUGGUUAGGCUCAACAGCAACAGCGUCAAAAGGUUCAGUGUCGAAACCGAUGUCUGACCAACAGUAUUCCAAUUGCAAUCCGGCGGCCGUCCAGGUCUCCAAACGCCUAUAAGGUGCUGUGCUGUGAUAGCUAAGAUGUUUCCUUCGUUAUGUUACCUCCGACACGUUUUAAUUGUAAUAUUUUUUUAAGCGAAUAAUCAUCCGAACCCCUUUUUUUUAAGGGAACGUUUUUCUAUAUACACCGACAUAACGAUGGAUCAUGCCCGGCGAACCAUAUACGUCUCAAUUUGUUUUGUUCCAAAUUGUUUCCGUUUUAUAUAAGCCCUAUGGACUGUAUUUGAUGAAAAAAAAAACCAUUUAAAUUAAUUUACUCUUAUUAAAUUAUAAUAUAUUCUUAUUUGUUAAUUUGUUAUUAUUACUAUAAUUUUUUUGUUUUACCUAUUAAGAGAUCAAUUAUUGCGUUGGAGAUAAAUAAAAAAUGAAAAAAAACUAUAAUUUUAAACGUGUAUCAAAUCUGUACCUAAAUUAAUAAUUAAAUCAAUAAGCGUCUUGAUAUUUCUGAUCGCCUGUAGUGUCUUAUAUUAGUCGCAAGUCUUCCACGUUUUUAAUAUUAUAUUAUUAAUUUGGUCAUUUAUUUUUUUCAAAAAUAUUUUUCAUUUUGCUGUCGUGUAUAGAUAUAUAUAUAAAAAAAACCAAUUUGAAAUGUUUUUAAUUAACGUUUCACGUUGUUUCUUGUCCUUGAUUUUUAUUCACCCUAGUUGUCCGCUUAUAACGCAAAAAUACACCAUUGUAUUACGAUAAUAAUAAUCGAUCGAAUUAGAAUUUGAAAAAAAAUAAUUUACAUAAUAAUAUAGUAGUGUUACAAUAUUAUACAAUACUGCUCUGCUAAAAUAAACAUUACUAGGGACCAAAAUAAUAGGGCGCUUUUACGGUCAGAUUUGUAAUACCUAACGUUGAUUUUAAAAUAUACAAAUAAGCGGGGUUAGGUUACACGAGAAGUUAACUUCAUCACGGUUUAUGAAGAGGCCAGAAAAGGGUACCUCUCUGUGUUGACUGUGGGAAUUCCUCUCAUAGAACCGCCUAUCUGUAUAAGUUAAAAUCAACGGCCAUAUAGCAAUAUAAUAUUAUAUUUUGCUAAAUCUACGAACUCGGCAUAAAAAAAAUUAUUGUUAAAAUGUGUUUUUUUAUAAUAUUUUGUUGGACAGUUGUAAUAUUAUAGUUUGUAGCUGUUGUUUGUCCUGGUCUGUUUCAGGCGUAUUAUACCCUCCAUGACGUCAACAAAUCGAAAUAAUAAUAAUAUUAAUUAUAAUAUAUACAUGUACUUAUAGAGUCCUAGACCGUCGGCCAUCUUCUGUGCCACACGUUUUAAUAACUUUUUAUUUCUAAUAAAAAAAAAAACAUGUGUAUACCUAUGCGUGUAAAGUAAACAGAAGAAUUCACCAAAGUAAAAAUGGAUUAAACAGGGUAAUAUUGAAAAGCAGUCGACUAAGUCACUAUAGAAAUUUACAAUAUUAAUAAUACAAUAAUUGAACACCGUUGAUUUUGAAAUAUACACCUGCUUAUGUGCAUAUUUUUUAAUAUUAACGUUAACAUUUAUAAGAAAUUAUGUUGUUGAAAAAAAAAAUAA